UCUUUUCGGGAAAAAGUAAUCCUCUCCUUCUCCCUCAGACGCAAAACGCUUUCAAGACAUUGGGUUUAGUGCAUAUUUGUGUAAGGAUGUACGGAUGAGAACGGUCGCCAACAUGGACGUGGAAUCACCGAUAAGAGAAUCAUGUUUGAGGAUCGCCGAAACCCAUGAGUUGACUGGAUCUUGUUGAUGGCUCCACCCCCGCUACCUGUAAACCGCCCUCCCAGUUCCUUAUCAUCUUCCAAAUAGAUCUGACAGUCAGCCGCUAUCAUCUGUCCGCUACUGAAGCAAGAAGAGGACAAGAAAACCUAUGGAAAGCGUUAUUGAACAGCUUUAAUGAACGGAAAUAAGUCAUCUGCGGUCAUAAAGAGAGAAAGUAGUAAUCAACACCUAACGAGAGCGCUAAAUGGACCAGAAAUAACGGACUUAGAAAGCGGCGGUUGGUUCUCAACAAGGUGGAGUUUUGUGAGUGAGGGCGAGGGUUACCAUCGAUUGCCUUUACGCGAUUUGGUUACCUGAUGGAGAAACCAAAACGACAUGUGACUCGAAGAUAAUUGCUGCCUUUCCUGGAAAUAUUGAACUAUGACACCAAAAGAAACAAAGAAGAACAGCAACGGGAUUUUCAAUAUAUAAUUAUAUGAACGAGUUUUGAAGAAAUAUCUGAUUUCGCAUACAAUUCGCAUAUAACUUAUUGUGCGAUCUGUGAAUGACUUCUGUUAAUGGAACGAUCAUAUCCUGUCCUUUGAAGUGCAGUUUCUGCGUCACAGGUCGCUGAGAACACAACAUUUACAUUGAAGGACUGAUGUAAACGGACAGGGUAGAGUACAGGAAGGAAGGUUGGUAGUUAGUUGAAGCAAUAUGGCUGAAUUGUGGGGUAUGGGGCACUGGCUGGAACUACCCAUAUCGUCUGGAUACUAGUUAUAGAACAUGGAAACCUAUCCCUGGGCAUCAGUAGCCUCAGAAUAAUGCCUAAAGGUAAACAUAGUUACUACCCGGACUCUCCCUCUAUCCGCAUAUCCAAGAUGGAUGUGAUCAUCCCGUUCUCCCCAGAUGUGCCCUGUGAUAGCAAUGGGCAGCGCAUGUGGUGGGCUUUCCUUGCCUCCUCCAUGGUCACGUUCUUUGGGGGUCUCUUCAUCAUUCUGCUCUGGAGAACUCUCAAGUACCUGUGGACCGUCUGCUGCCACUGUAACACCAAAAAGAAGAAUGCUCAGCGUGUCCACAACCCUACCUCCCAUGGGGAUGGGAUCAAGCACACCAAGGAGACGGUGGCUGCACUCAGUGAGGUGGGCUGGAUGACCUCCGUCAAAGACUGGGCUGGGGUCAUGAUAUCAGCCCAGACACUGACGGGCAGAGUCCUGGUGGUGCUUGUGUUUGCCCUCAGCAUCGGAGCCCUUGUAAUAUACUUCAUAGAUUCCUCUGACCCCAUCGAGUCCUGUCAGAACUUCUACAAAGACUUCACGCUACAGAUUGACAUGGCUUUCAACGUCUUCUUCCUCUUGUACUUUGGUCUACGGUUUAUUGCAGCCAAUGACAAGCUGUGGUUCUGGCUGGAGGUGAACUCAGUGGUGGACUUCUUCACUGUUCCCCCAGUGUUCGUGUCUGUUUAUCUCAACAGGAGCUGGCUUGGCUUGAGGUUUUUAAGGGCGUUAAGGUUGAUACAGUUCUCAGAAAUCUUACAGUUUUUGAACAUAUUAAAAACAAGCAAUUCCAUAAAACUGGUGAACUUAUGUUCAAUCUUCAUAAGUACAUGGCUAACAGCGGCAGGCUUCAUACAUCUGGUGGAAAACUCAGGGGAUCCUUGGGAAAACUUCCAAAAUUCCCAAGCACUUUCCUACUGGGAAUGUGUCUACUUACUCAUGGUUACUAUGUCCACUGUGGGCUAUGGAGACGUGUAUGCAAAAACCACCCUGGGACGACUUUUCAUGGUCUUCUUCAUCCUUGGUGGUUUGGCCAUGUUUGCGAGCUACGUCCCUGAAAUCAUAGAGUUAAUAGGAAACCGCAAGAAAUAUGGUGGUUCCUAUAGUGCGGUUAAUGGGAGAAAGCACAUCGUGGUCUGUGGUCAUAUAACACUUGAAAGUGUGUCCAACUUCCUUAAAGACUUCCUACACAAGGACAGGGAUGAUGUCAAUGUAGAAAUUGUUUUUCUCCAUAAUAUUUCCCCUAAUCUUGAGCUGGAAGCCUUGUUUAAACGCCACUUCACCCAGGUGGAGUUCUACCAGGGAUCUGUUCUCAACCCACAUGACCUGGCCAGAGUCAAGAUAGAGUCAGCAGAUGCCUGUUUGAUCCUAGCUAAUAAAUACUGUGCAGACCCUGAUGCUGAGGAUGCCUCCAACAUCAUGAGGGUGAUAUCCAUCAAGAACUACCACCCAAAAAUCCGAAUCAUUACCCAGAUGUUGCAGUACCACAACAAGGCCCACCUUUUGAACAUUCCCAGUUGGAACUGGAAGGAGGGUGACGAUGCCAUUUGCCUUGCUGAGCUGAAGCUGGGCUUCAUAGCACAGAGCUGUCUGGCUCAGGGCCUGUCCACCAUGCUGGCCAACCUCUUCUCCAUGAGGUCCUUCAUCAAGAUUGAAGAGGACACGUGGCAGAAGUAUUACCUGGAAGGAGUAGCCAAUGAAAUGUACACUGAGUAUCUGUCUAGUGCCUUUGUGGGCUUAUCCUUCCCGACCAUUUGUGAACUCUGCUAUGUGAAGCUGAAGCUGCUACUGAUUGCUAUCGAGUACAAGUCUGAUAUAAGGGAAAGCAGCACCCUCAUCAACCCUGGGAACCAUGUGAAGAUGCAGGAAGGAACCCUGGGGUUCUUUAUCGCCAGCGAUGCCAAAGAAGUAAAGAGGGCACUUUUUUACUGCAAAGCUUGUCACGAUGACAUCACAGAUCCCAAAAGGAUAAAGAAAUGUGGAUGCAAACGAUCAAAAAAUAACUAUAACGGAUAUAUCAAAUCAAUCGAAGAGGAGCAGUAUUCGACACUGUCGCCUAAAAAGAAACAACGUAAUGGUGACACAAGGAACUCACCCAACGGUUCACCAAAAAUGAUGAGGCAUGACCCUCUCCUCAUGCCGGGGAACGAACAGAUUGAGAACAUGGACAUGAACGUGAAGAAGUACGACUCCACAGGGAUGUUCCACUGGUGCCAGUCCAAAGACAUCGAGAAGGUCAUCUUGACCAGAAGUGAAGCUGCCAUGACUGUCCUAAGCGGCCACGUGGUCGUCUGUAUAUUUGGAGACGCGAAGUCGGCUUUGGUGGGCCUAAGGAACCUUGUGAUGCCUCUGAGAGCUAGCAACUUCCACUACCACGAGCUGAAACCCAUCGUGUUUGUGGGUUCCCUGGAGUAUCUGAAGAGGGAAUGGGAGACCCUUCACAACUUCCCCAAAGUCUCCAUCUUACCUGGCACACCAUUAAGCCGGGCCGAUCUGAGGGCUGUCAAUAUCAACCUCUGUGACAUGUGUGUCAUCCUGUCGGCCAAUCAGAACAAUAUUGACGACGCGUCACUGCAGGACAAGGAAUGCAUCCUGGCGUCACUCAACAUCAAGUCCAUGCAGUUUGACGACAGCAUCGGGGUCUUGCAGGCUAACUCCCAAGGUUUCACUCCUCCAGGCAUGGACAGGUCCUCUCCUGAAAACAGUCCACUUCAUGGGGGGUUGGUCCGACAGGCUUCCAUCACAACAGGAGCCAACAUCCCCAUCAUCACUGAACUAGUGAAUGACUCCAAUGUUCAGUUCUUGGACCAGGAUGAUGAUGAUGACCCUGACACAGAAUUGUACCUCACUCAGCCCUUUGCCUGUGGGACGGCCUUCGCAGUCAGUGUGCUGGAUUCCCUGAUGAGUGCGACAUACUUCAAUGAUAAUAUCCUCACCCUGAUCCGGACGCUGGUAACAGGGGGGGCCACUCCGGAGCUGGAGGGUCUGUUGGCGGAGGAGAAUGCAUUACGAGGAGGCUACAGCACGCCGCAGACCCUCGCUAACCGGGACAGGUGUCGUGUGGCACAGCUAGCCUUGUACGAUGGGCCUUUCGCUGACUUGGGAGAUGGUGGCUGCUACGGUGACUUAUUUUGUAAAGCUUUAAAAACAUACAACAUGCUGUGCUUCGGAAUUUAUCGAUUAAGAGACGCACAUUUAAACACACAAAGUCAUACAAGUCAAUGCACUAAACGGUAUGUGAUAACCAAUCCGCCAUAUGGUUUUGAGUUGGUGCCAUCAGACCUGAUCUUCUGCCUGAUGCAGUUUGACCACAAUGCGGGUCAGUCCAGGGCCAGCCUCUCCCACAGCUCCCACUCCUCCCAUUCUUCCAGCAAAAAGAGCUCCUCCAUCCAUUCUCUCACUGCCACCAACCGUACCAACCGCGCCAAGAGCAGGGACUCGCGGGACAAACAGAAUGCAACAAGGAUGAAUAAAAUGGGCCAAGAAAAGACAUGGUUUACAGAUGAGCCUGAGAACGCGGCCUACCACAGGAACAUUCACAUCAAGCCAAUGAGUACUAGUCACAGUAGUCACACAGCCAACCACCAGGUCAACCAGAACCCUUACAAAUCCACCAACAACCAUAUUCCAUCCAUCAGAGAGGUGGAGGACGAAUGCUGAACUACAGAACCCCAUGUUGACACCUACAGUUGAACCCACCUGUAGAACACCUGGAAAAAGAACUUGGAACUCGAACCCAAGAACAUCUAGAACCCACCUAGAGAACACAUGGAAGUACACCUAGAACCCGUGGAACUGGAACCCGAAGAACACCUUAAAGCUUAAAUCUUUAGUUGCUUUAAUGAUAUAUACCCAUUGAAUCUUGAAGAAUAUAACUUAAACUUGCCUCAUGAGCUUAGUUCAACUGUCGUACCCGAUCAGAAUCCAAAAAACAAGUUUGUUUUACUCCAAUGUUUGUAAACAUUGUAAAUGUAAACAAAUACUGUAUAGCCUCAAAACAUGGUUAAAACUGUAAUGUUGAUAUUUUGGCUGGUCAGUCCUUGCAUCCAUAGCUCUCUCUCUGAAUUAGAGAGUGGUUACAUUGCACCAGGCCCAUCGCUCAGCUUUUUUACCCCCCAAAAAAGGGUUGACCGCUUUAUUGUUUCAAGUAAAGAUUCUAGCUUUAAAGGGAUACUUUGGGAUUGUAUAUAUUUCCCCCAGAUUAAAGAUGAACUCGUGGAUACAAUUUGUAUGUCUCUGUGUCCAGUAUGAAGGAAGUUUGAGUUAGUUUCACGAGCCAAUGCUAACUAGCGUUACACAUAGACUCCCAGUCAUUGCGCUAUCUGCUAGCGUGCUAGCAUGCUAGCAGAUACCCAUAGACUUUCAGUCAUUGCGCUAACGCAAGUUAGAAACUUCCUUCAAACUGCAUGCAGAGACAUAAAAAUGGUAUCCACUCUGAGGAAGUAGAUUUAGGGCCUCAUUGCCAAAAUCCCGAAGCAUUCUUUUAACAUAGAACUCCAGAGAACAAAUGAGUAGUUGGGACGAACGGGGUGUUUGCAUGGGAAAACAUCAUUCAGUAUUCUCCCUCAGAUUCCUUCUUCAUCAGUCACCAGUUACUGAUCACAUCAGUACAAACUAAACUCUUGGAAUAGGAUAACCUUUUUCCAGUUCAUAUGUACAGUACAUACAGUAACAUAAUAUAUAUAUAUAUUUAUAUAUAAAUGAAGCAACGGAAUAUACAUAAAUACAAUCAUAUAUCAAUCAAAUGUACAGUCAGACAGUCACUAACAUUAACACUCAGCCAUGUAGUUUGCACAGCCAGUUCCUCCUUAGUGACCAGACUCCAUCAAUUACCCAUUUUGGAGAAUGAGGGUCGCUUCAGUCAGAAUAGAUAGCAACGCAACACAAGAUUACAUAUGAUGAAACUUUAUAUUAGAUUGUUAUGAAACUGGACAAAUUAUUUGCCAUUGAAAGCAUUUUCAUUUUUUUACUUUUAUUUGUAGAAUGGUGUUUCAAGACUGACAUGUAUCCAAUAUUGGAAAGUCGUACGCUUUGGGUCCAUGUGUUUUUGACAUGCCUGGUAAGAUACAAUACAUAACUAAGUUUGCAAAAGGGUAUAUGGUAUUUUUUGUUAAAUGCAGUCCCACCAUAAUUAUAUUGUUAUCGAUUUUGAUUUCACCAUAUUAUCACUUUGUGGAUCGUCAUUUAAUACGAGUAAAUUCCCAAGACUAUAUUUGUGAUUGAUUGUCAACAUUCAUGUCAAAAUAGUACAUUUUAUUGUAUUGGCCCAAGCCUUAUUUCGAUUGGCCAGUGUGUUUUUGCGUCUUCUGAUCUACAGGAUACUUCCUGCCUUUUUAGCUUUGAUAUCAAUGUCCGACAAAUAUACUGGAAUAUGAGAUGUGGCUGGAAUGACACUGGAAAUACAAAAUAAACCAUAUUCCCAAUACAUUUGACCUGUCAUUAUAGCAGCAUAAUGCUAUAACCCAAGUAUGAUGAUGCUGUUUUGGAGGAUGUUCAGUAAGCUAAGCGAGCAGCUAAUAAGAUGAACGGACCUUAAUUACCUUAACUAAUAGGCCUACCUAUUGGAUUAUGUUAUACUGUAUAACCCUACCUGUAUAACCCUAUCUAUACCUUAAUAGACUUAUCUGGAAGCACAGGGAGGGUUAUACUGUAUAACCCUACCUGUAUAACCCUACCUAUACCUUAAUUACCUUAAUAGACUUAUCUGGAAGCACAGGGAUUGUUAUACUGUAUAACCCUACCUAUACCUUAAUUACCUUAAUAGACGUACCUGGAAGCACAGAGAGGGUUAAACUGUAUAACCCUCCCUACCUAUAUAACCCUCCCUAUACCUUAAUUUCUUUAAUAGACGUACCCGGAAGCACAGGGAGGGUUAUACUGUAUAACCCUACCUGUAUAACCCUACCUAUACCUUAAUUACCUUAAUAGACGUACCUGGAAGCACAGAGAGGGUUAAACUGUAUAACCCUCCCUACCUAUAUAAACCUACCUAUACCUUAAUUUCUUUAAUAGACGUACCUGGAAGCACAGGGAGGGUUAUACUGUAUAACCCUACCUGUAUAACCCUACCUAUACCUUAAUUACCUUAAUAGACGUACCUGGAAGCACAGGGAGGGUUAUACUGUAAAUUAUGUUAAUAUCACCAGGAAUUAGGUGAAAGUAUUGAGAAAGCCACAUAUCGUAUGAAGUGGGUGUAUGUAUCUGUAGCUCUGGUACCAUCGCGCCCCUACAACAACCCCUGACCCCUGAACCCACUCACCAAUCUUACAGCUCUCUCCGCAACUCUCUGUUAGUAGAGGAAUGCGCAUUAACCCCCUGGACCAGAGCUAUACCUGUAGACAGAUCCUCCUUUGGCUGUAAGCUCUGCUUGGCAUGGAGGCACUAGAGUAGCUUGGAUGUUCUCCAUGACCAGUCCCAGUGCUGUACUCAGACUGUAGAAGAAGGUCGAGGAUUUUCUGUAGAUAUACCCCAAAACAGCUGAAUCAUAAAGGGAUCAUUUGGCUAACUACAGUACAACGCUUUUUAAUGCCAGUUUCUCAUGUUUUGGUGUAACACAACUGACACUCAAACUCUUCACCAAUUUGUCAUGUCCAUAAACCAUAACCAUAUGUGUUAAUCUCUUUUCUGUCUGCAUACAAUACAAAGCACUACAUGACUUUAAAGAGACAGAAAAAGUCAGUAAUCUGAAGAAAGAAAUGGUGUAGCAUUUUGCUGACUUGGGGAACACCCAAGAUUUCCUUGCCUCUGUGCCAGCAUUGUGCCGGGCAGUGUUUAGGUCAAAGGACUCUGGCUAAAGACCCACUGUAGAGAAAGUGGUUUAUUAAGAUAGGGAUUAUAUAGAAGCAGGGCAUGUAUAUUUCUAUUGCUAAAGAGCGUGUCAUAUCUAGUCAUAGAGACAUUUCAAACCGUAUAAAUUACAUUUCAAAUCAUGUAAAUUCUUGGAAAAAUGUGAUAUUUAAUUGUAAAAGGUUAUUGGGAAUGUACUGAUUCCCUGAAGAUAAUUAGCAUUGUAACGAAUGAUGAGAGUUAAAAAGUCUUAAACUAACAUUGAAAUUAGGAAUUUACUUACUAACUGCGAAAUAAAAUGUUCUAUGUUUACUUCUUGGUCCUUUCAAGAAGUCAAUACAAAGCUUUAGUGAAUUAUUCCUAUUGCGUUUAUAGAUGUUGGGUGAAGAGGAGAUUGGCAUUGCAGUUUAGUUUGUUUUGUUUGUAUAUUUUAACACUUUGAUUUGUGGACACAAUGACAAGUGCUACGUUUAUAUUUCGGAAUAUGUCAUACAGAUGUAGAAUCUUAAUUUGAGCCAGUUUGCUACAGCAAGGAAAUAAUCCUGCAGCAAAAGGAAAUGUGAAUUAUGUGUAUUAGAAUUCAUGGACAUUAUGAAAAUGUUCCUUUAGGGAAAAUCAAGUCUGAAAUGUCAAAGUAGAAACUACAAACUUUAGAAGCCUUUUUGAACCUCAAAUACACUACUAUCAAAUUAAGGUCCCAUGUCUGUACAUACAAUAUCCAAUGCUAAAUACAGUAUAUUGUCUUUUUAAGGAUUGUAAAUAAGUUGUACAUGAUUUCAUUUUGUAUUUUCACAAAUUAAAAAAACUGAUGUAUUGUG